GCAUCAAAACUGAUUAAAUCUCACAAUACAGGUUUUUUGACUGCAUCGCAUCGUUUAUUAACGGGUAAUUUCGGUCUCGACGAUCAGAUUCAAGCGAUUCGAUGGCUGAAAGAGAAUGCGCCGAAUUUCGGUGGAGAUUCGGCGCGGAUAACGCUGGCUGGAGAGAGUGCUGGUGCUGCUUGUGCGAGUCUCUUAGCUAUCUCACCGAAGACUAAAGGUUAUCUGUUCAGCGGUGUGAUUUUACGAAGUGGAAGCGCAUUGGCUCCGUGGGCAGUUCGAUCGACAUCAACCGAGAACAAUUCAGCUCGAUUGAUGGAUUAUUGUGGAUGCAGAUACAAUAGAACACUGGGCAUGACUCAUAUCAAAGAGUGUAUGCAAUCCAUCCCCGUUGAACGGUUUCUGAAUGGAUGGCAUCAUGUGGCAAUUACUUCACCUAAUAUUGUGAAAUCUGAUGGAAUAUGGGAUAUAUUUGAGGAGCAGGCAUCGACAUUGGCCAUUAUAUCUGAAAUUGAAUUGGUGAAAUGCAUUCUUGAGAAAAGACAUUUCUAG